AUGUCUGCCGAUUCAGAUUAUCCGGAGAUCGUGCCGAAAAGUGCACCUGAGACUAAGGGAACAGACUUUUGUGGUGAUAAAAACAGCUUCUAUAUCAUCCGAUCUGAUGUGGGUGUCUACAUGAGGUGCAAAGAUAUUCACGCUGGUCAAGAUAUCAAGAUUCACCGUCUAAGUGAGGCCUGUAGAUGGGGCGAUCAUUACUUGGCCACUAACUCUUAUUUCUACAUCAUUAAAGGAGAUGAAUAUCGCAGAGUGACCGACCUGAGUAAAGACGAUGACGCUGUGGUUUACUCUCUUCAUCGCAACUGUCGCGGAGGAAGCGGCUAUUACUCUGCCUUUGGUAAUUGGUACAUCGUGUUUGCCAACAGAGGUACCUACAGACGAGUGAGUAACAUGAACAAAGAUGAAGACGCCGUUGAAUAUAAAAUCCAUCAAGCGUUCCAAGAUGGCAUCUAUUUCUGGGGUACCAAUGAUUAUGUGUACUGUCUGAAGCAGGCUAGAAAAUGGGGUGUCACCUAUCACAGAAGCACCAAUAUGAACUUGAACAAAGAUUGCGGUGACUUCAGCGUUCACGAGUCAGUGCUCAAGUUUAUCCCUGGUGGUAUAGCGCACACGCAUGGAAAAGUGUUCGGGUAUUGGAAAGAUGUAAAAUGUCUUCAAAACGACUCCAACACUGCCAUUGAAUGGGAAAAAACCAUCAAGAAAACCGUUGGAUUUGAAAGGAGCACAAUGUCCUCCAUAGAGUUCGAAUGGUCCAUCGAGAUGGGAAUAAGCGAAGAAGUAGGAAUCAAAGCCCAAGUUUCAGAAUUGAUUGAAGCUCUCUGUAAAGUUCAGUAUAGCCUCAAAGUGAAGUUUGGUGGAAAGAUGGUCAACACAGAGCAGCUCCAGUGGAAUACAACCACCGAAGAAGACGAAACCGUUAAGCUGAAAAUUCCACCGAACACCAAGCUGUACGUUUGGCAGUUUCAAAUGGGCUUUGGAAAGAAAAAGAACCUCUUCAGCCGUGAUACUGCAAUCACAUACGGUAAAACACCACCUAAGGAAACACCAGAGCAUUUUAUGCAUUAA